AUGCCAUGGCUUGUACCUAACAUCCGCUCGCUGGAACGCAUCGCUCCGAGUCAACAGACCGGUGGGGAGCUACUACGAUACUGGGUGGAGAGUGCCAGUUAUAUCAUGGCCCUCGAUCCAGAGAACAACCCACUGUCUUUCCCGGUACUCAAAUACUACAAUCAAUCUCCUUCGCUUAUCCAUGCUCUACAAAGUAUCAGCGCAGGACAUCAGUAUUUCUUUGAACCGGGAAAAUUACGGAGGUGUUUUGAGGAACGUCUCUUAUCAAUUCAACACGUUCGGAAGGAGCUGGACACACAGACAAAUGACCCUUCGCUCGCAUUCCUCACAGUUUUUGUCCUGGGGCUGUCAUCAUACUGGAUCGCGCUACCUGCCGACGACCCUGUAUUACUUCAUCAUGCACAGGCGCAUCUGCAAGGUGGCCGUGCACUCAUCGAUACAAUGCUAGCCAUCCCAGUUCCUCAAUUCAGCCCUCAGAUGUUAUUUGCGUUUGGGGCUUAUCUCUACUGGGACAUGGCUUGUUCCUUUGUAAUUGCGCCGGCUGAUCUAAAGGCAAUAGACGGCUCCGACUUCUCAUUUGCCGUGGAAGCUCUCGCGCGCAUGUACCAUCCUAUACUGGGUUAUUCGGCAGAAAUAACGUACGUACUGGCUAAAGUCGGACGAUACUGCAGAACCGUAGAGGAUACUGAGCAAAGAGAUACCUCUCUCGAAGAAGAAUUAGAGAACCAACUCAGAUCCAUCAAGCCAACCCAAAUCAGUGCGGAGCUUGGUCUUCUUGAAGAGGCAUAUCGUUGCCAUGGCUUGAUCAACAUCUACGCGAUUUAUCGGAGGGGGCGAGUUUCGACGGCGAGCCCAGAAGCCGCUCCAUCACAUUCGACAGAAGAACAAUCAAUGGCAGACCUGCCUGCAAGGGAGCCAUCAGACUCUUGGGAGCUAGAUGAGACAGGCCUAGCUUUUUUGGAAAAGGGUUUCUACAACGCCUUUGACGAGGACAUGGCAAAGCAAACUCUUAAGUGGCUAGAUUACCUCCCACUAGGCGACUAUCAACCCCUAAUGUUACCCUCUGAUGAGCAUCACAGCAGCUCUGAAAGCCUAUUGAGCGAUGGCGACUGCGACACGUCCACGGAGACCAUUUCCGAUGAUGACUUACAAAGCACAAUUCGCAAGCUGGCCAUCCAAGCAGUCCACGCGUUGACGCAAGUACCUGAAUCCCAUCCAAGCAUUAACUUACACGGCAUACCUCUUCUCACAGCUGGAUCCGAGCUCUUGGCAGCAGAUGUUGAGGAGCGUAAGCUUGUCACCAAGAGGUUCCGGGCCUUAUACUCAUUUAACCACAUGACGGCCAACUUAACCGCCUUAGACCUGCUCCAAGAAGUCUGGGCCAUUCGAGACUUAGGCGGUGCGACAUCAUGGCUCAAGGUCAUGAGAUCAAAGGGAUGGCACUUGAUGCUGGGGUAA